AUGAGGCAAUCCGAAGGAGAUGCGGUGUUCAACGCGAGCCUUGAUCCUGCUGACGCUUUGGGAUCGCGGCGACGAGUCGCAAGUCGCACAGAGCUCAGCAACGCAGGGAAUGAUGGCAGCUGGCCGGUUCCCGUUGCUCACAGUUUGCCGGUCCGAUUGCAGCACGCGCCCGGAGUUCCGCGCACUGCUACCGCUCCGCCGAGCCCGCCUGUGCAGCACGCAUUCGAAACCAAAGACGCCGGCGUGA